AUGCCGCGACAGCGCCUCCUGCUGUCCGGUCCGGGCGCCAUGUCCGGCAGCGCGGGAUCCAUCGGGAGCGCGCGUUCAGGUCCCCGGCGCAGGGUGGGAAUCCUCCAGCUCUUCCCGCCCGGUUCCCGCCCGGUUCCCCGAUCACGUGACUGUAAUCGGACCCGCGCUUUCUUCCCUCCCGCCGCUCCGCCCCUAGUUCAGAAUGUGUGGAUGGAAGUGCGCGCACCACCGACACCAGUCACCAGUCCCAGUCCCAGCAGUGUGGCGCCAGUGUGCGUCUCUCGUCCUGCCGUCGCGUCGGAGCGCGGAGCGUUGCAGCAAGUUGUUGUUGAUCUCGGGAUGGAAUCGGCGCUGCUGGUUUUACUGUCGUGCAGCUUCUUCGCGGCGUCGGUCGCGGUCGGACACUCCAACACCGAAUGCUACACGGUGAACGGCGAGGACUACAGGGGGCGUCAGAACGUGACAAGUCCGUACGGAGGGAAACCCUGCCUGUUCUGGAAUGAGACCUUCCAGCAUCCCUACAACACCAUCAAAUAUCCCAGCGGAGAGGGAGGACUGGGCUCGCACAACUUCUGCAGGAAUCCGGACGGGGACGUUCGGCCCUGGUGCUACAUCGCCGAUCAGGAGGACGGGACGUACUGGAAGUUCUGCGAGAUUCCCACAUGUCAGAUGCCGGGCAUUCUGGGAUGUUUUAAGGAUAAUGGAGAUCCUCCUCCUCUCUCCAAGAGCUACCAGACGUCUCAGAAGCUCACGGUGCAGAGCUGCAUCACCCUGUGUCGCAACCAGAAAUAUAAGCUCGCGGGAAUGGAGGCGGGCUACGCCUGUUUCUGCGGCAACGACCUAGACUACCAUCUCCAUGGCGAUGCCCCCAGUUUGGAGUGCAGCCACGGCUGUUUCGGGGACCAGCAGCAGCCCUGCGGGGGAGACGGGCACGUCAUCGUCUUUAACACGAAAGUGGGGGCGUGUGGAGGGAACUACACGUCCGAAUCGGCCGUCAUUUAUUCCCCCGACUUUCCUGAUAAAUACUCGCCGGGACGCGCCUGCUACUGGACCAUCCAGGUCCCAGGAGCUUCUGUGAUCCUCCUGAACUUCACCUACUUCAGCAUCAUGGACCAGGCGGAUAUGGUGGAGCUGCUGGAUGGUUACAGCAGUCAGGUGGUGGCGAGGUUCGAUGGGAGGAACCCGCCGCGGGAGGUGGUGAACGUCAGCGGAGAUUUCGUCAUCCUCUACUUCUACUCGGACCGGGUCAACCAGGCCCACGGAUUCUCCAUGAUCUACCAGGCGUACCGGAGGCAAAGCGGCAGAGCUCCCGGCGACGGCGGUUCUGACCCCGGCGACGACGACGACGAGGCCGCCAGCACGACGGAGCCACGAUCCGGCGGCGUCACCGAGAGCUCCAACACCAGCAAGGACGACAAAUCCUCGCAGAUCCUCUACCUCAUCACGUCCAGUCCCAAAGACUCCGAGCACGAAAUGCCAGGUCAGUGGCUCGGCCGGGGCCGGACCGCUGCCCACAGCACCAUGUGGACCAUCUACGCGCUAGCCGCCCUGCUCACGCUGACCGUGAUCGCCAUGGUGGCCAAGCUGCUCCUGCACGUCACUGUGAAGUCUCCGACGGCCCCGCCGCUGAGCUCUUCGGCCUCGGACUCGUGUUCCCAGAGCUCGGAGCCGUGGAUCAUCUUCUACAGACCGUCCACCAUCUCGCUCUUCAAGAAGAAGCUCAAGAACCACCACGGAGACCUCAGCCCGCUGGUGGGCAACUAACCACCCCCUCGCCCUGAAUCCUGUCCUCCCUCAUCCCGAAACGUGACGCCCCGCCCC